AUGGAGCAGGAGAUCAGAAACAUAGAGGAGAGUGAUGGGAUCCGACUGACAUGGAAUGGAUGGCCGGUGAGAGGAGAUAUGAUGAGCAAGGUCCCGCUGGUUUGCAUGUACAAUAUCCAUCAAGAAGCUGGGGCUCUUGAGUGUGAGCCCAUAUACUGUAUGAGCUGUGGGAGUGUUUUGAAUCCGUAUUGUAAUAUUGAUUUUGCAAGACAAAGUUGGAAUUGUGUGAUAUGCAAAGGAAAUACGACGUUUCCAAGCCAUGCAAGAGGUAUAUCGCCUGACAAUCUGCUACCUGAGCUACUUGGACACAACUCGACGGUUGAGUAUGUGCUGGGCAGGGAGGGUGUGUUUCCUGGUGUGUUUUUGUUUAUUGUUGACACGUGCACAUUUGAUGAGGAAAGACAUGCACUACUUAUUGAUGCACUAAGGACUGUGAUGGAAGGAAUACCUGAGGAUUGCUUUGUUGGGUUUAUUAAGUAUGGAACGAAUGUAGAACUGCUUGAGCUCAGUGGAGAGCGACCUAGAAGGGUUCAUUUGUUUUCAGGUAAGAAGGAGUAUACUGCGGAAGUAGCGAAGUUAUUGAAUAUGUCUGGAAAGCCUGAAAAUAUGCAUGAUGGGAAAUUUAUUAGAAGGAAGUCGGAGUGUAGUGAAUUUUUGUAUGAGGUGAUAAAUGGGCUUGAGAGAGAUCCUUUUCCGGUGCUGAAUGCAUACAAGCCGGUGAGGUGCACAGGAUCUGCGGUAUCGUUGGGUGUGUCGUUAAUGGAGGGAUGUUUUCCAAACAUGGGAGUGAAGCACAUGCUGUUUACACAAGGACCGUGUACGUUUGGGCCUGGAACAGUUACAUCUAUAAGGUACAAGGUUAAGGGAAGAGGUGAUGAGUCUGUGGAGAGUGACUCAGUGUAUGCGUCUUCAGCCAAGAAGUUCUAUGAAGGGCUUGGGGAAAGGAUGAUUAACGUUGGACACAGCCUUGACAUUUUAGCAGCAACAAUAGAUGAUAUUGGAAUAUGCUACAUGGAAAGAAUGACUGGAAUGACAGGAGGUAUGUUGAUAAUGGCGCAGGACUUUGACAAAGAAAUAUAUAUAUCAUCAUGCAGGAAGAUUAUGAAUAAGGACGAGGAAGGAUGGCUAGAACAAGGGUUUAAUGCAAAGAUGUUGGUUAAGACAAGCAAAAAUCUUGAGUAUAAGGGAGUGAUUGGCCAGGGAAAGAUGGUUGGGGGGAGUUGGAGAAUGGGAAGCAUGUUCCGUACAAGCAAUAUAUCAGUGCUGUUAGACAGGAAAGCAGAUACAAAGUCGGAGAUAAAGAGUGGGGAGUUUGGAUAUGUGCAGUUGAUUACGCAGUAUCAGAGAAGUGAUAAGAAGUUAUUAGUGCGUGUGACGACGUUUUCGAGGAUGUUUAUGGAAUAUCGAGAGGAUGUGGUGUCUAGGUUUGACCAGGAGGCAGCAACUGUUUUCCAGGCAAGGCUUUUGCUGAUGAAAAAGCACGAGGAGAUAAAGGACUGUGAGCGGAUGAUUGACAAGAGCCUUAUAAGGUUUGUGAAAGCGUUUGCUAAGUAUGACAAGGGAGAUCCAAAUACACUUGUGCUUCCGGAUGCUAUGGCAUACUAUCCGAACUUUAUGUUUUUUUUCAGAAGGAGCUUACUAGUUCAAACAGAAAACAACUCUGCAGAUGAGACGGCAUAUUACUUCAGUUUGCUAUACAACCAGAGAGUGAAUGAUGCAUUGAGGCUUAUCAAGCCAACGCUUAUUUCCUAUCAUUACCAGAGGGGUGCAGAAGCAGUUGAGGUUGAUAGCAAGUCUCUUGAGCCCGAUGUGAUUCUUGUUAUGGAUACAUUCCAUAACGUAGUUGUAUGGAGAGGGGAGUAUGUUGCGGAGUGGGUGAGUGAGGGAUACCAUGAGGAGCCUGAUUAUGAGUCACUUAAGCGUGCAUUGAACAGAAGUGAGGAGAUGGCAAAGAGUUUAUGCGAGUACCGACUUCCAUCACCUCAAUUUUGUAUCACAGAGCACAACAAAUCUCAACAAAGGAUUAUCCACCACUAUGUGAAUCCCAGCGGAGGAAGUUCGAUUAUUACGGAGAACAUCAAUUAUGAGAAGUUUGAGGAGGCGUUGCGAAGGGUAGUUGUUUCGAAUAACGAAUAA